AUGCGACUGGUGAUGCCGGGCUGUGUGAAACAUGUGCGGAGCAUGCCAAUGCUACGCCUGCUGCUUCUUGUUACUGCCAUGGGACUGUAUUUGUCUAUGGGUGCAACAGUAUUUCAAGCUAUUGAAGAGCCUGCGGAUCGAGUCAAAGAUGAGAAUAUUAGAAAAGCGAAAACCAGCUUUUUGCAAGACCAUCCAUGUAUUUCUGGUAUGUAUUUUCCUUAUGUAAAAAUACAAAAGUUGCUUGUCGCUUGCUCCUGUAUCAAAGUGUCUUUGAAACUUUGA